GCUCAACACUGGCCAGAAAGUAUUCAGCGUCGAAACCAAGAACGGUGAUUUUCCUAAGAGGCUUCCUGUGAUAAAAAUGUCGUACGAGACGAACGAGACGAACGGCACGGAAAAAACCUCAAGCACACAAGCUCUCGCAAUUGAUAGAAACAAAAAUUUUCGAGAUUUUGAAGAUGCUGAUCAACUCAAAAAAAAAUUAUGCUUUCGAAAAAUUCGGCAAAACACCUGUCUCGUGGCUGUUGGGUUGAUAACUGUCCUUUUAGCCAUCGCUUGUCUUGUGUUAGUCAUCUUUCUCGUUAGAGAAGUCAAAAAGAAUCAUCAGUCGAACAUGGAGCCGACUGAAGCAACUGAAGGCACAAUAAGUCAAGAUCAACAUUGUUACACCUCGGACUGCUUGCAAGUUGCUGCUUCCUUAAAACGGAAUAUGGACUCGUCUGUUGAUCCCUGUGAAAACUUUUAUGAGUAUUCGUGUGCCUCUUGGAUCAGGUUAAAUCCGAUUCCACCCUCAAAGAGUUUUUAUGAUACUUUCAUUCAAGUUGAAGACGAAAACGCGCGGAGGCUUCGUGAAUUAAUGGAAGAGGUGGAUGAGCUUCCGAAACAAAGUGCUGUUAAGAAGACUAAAGGUUACUUUCACUCGUGCGUUGAUGAGGAAGCAGUGGAAAAGGCAACAAACACUGGUCUGAUACCAUACAUAUUCAAAUAUGGCUCUUGGUCUUUGGAUAAGAAAAAGUGGAUCGCAUCGCAGUGGGAAUGGUCCGAGGUUUUGCAAGAAAUGAUCAGAGAUCUUGCAGACACGCCCCUCUUUAAAGUGCAAAUUGAGAUUAAUCCUCGAGAUUCUUCACAGCAUAUGAUAUUGAUAAUGCCUCCGACUUUGAGUCUGAUUCGCGAGAAGUACCUAGCCCCGGAGAACAAGACACGUUUGGCUUAUCUGAAAUUCAUGACAAAAGUGGGGAAGCUUCUUGGCGGAGGAAACGACACGAGAGAUCAAAUGGCGGAGGUUAUGGAGCUUGAGGCAAGGCUGGCAAAUAUCACUCCUCCGCGAAGCGUUUUAAUACAAAAUUACCAUCGCCACAUGAACAUAUCAGAACUCGAACGACAAGCGCCUGGUUUUAAGUUCACGUGGUUACAAUACAUUAACGAUGUACUAAGACCUUUCAACGUAUGGGUGAACGCUACUGACAGCAUUCUUGUCCCAUCGCCAGAGUAUCUGAAGGGUUUGUCUUCUAUUGUUAAUGAGACGGAUAAGAGGAUCCUGUCGAAUUACAUGAUGUGGACGUUCGUGCGCGCUGCUAUUCCAUACCUGUCACGUGACUUCCGGGCUGCUAAACUAGAAUAUGAAAAGGAAGUAGAGGGGAAGAAGUCAGCCACACCUCGAUGGUUGUACUGUGUGGAGGAAAUGAAUGGCUAUUACCAUGGACUUACUUUUGCGUUGGGUUAUAUUUAUGUUACCAACGCCUUUGACUCUGAAGUCAUACCAUUAAUACAAGAAAUGAUGUCAACAAUAAGGAAAACUUUUCGAGACGAGACAUCGCGCGAUGACUGGAUCGAUGAACAAACACGGCAAAAAAUAAUUGAAAAGGAAAAAGCAAUGAAAAACAAUGUUGGCUUUCCGAAGUUGUGUUCCAAUGAAACUUUACUGAAUGAGUAUUACAAAGAUGUUAACAUCAGUCGCAGUAAUUAUUUGAGAAAUGCCAUGGAUGUGACGAAAUGGCGAAGGCGGUCUCAAUUUUCGAUACUCAAGACUCCGGUUGACAAAGAACAGUGGUAUUUCGGUCCGCAGCUGGUCAACGCUUUCUACCUACCCAAUAGAAACGAAAUAAACAUCCUGGCAGGAAUUCUGCAGCCUCCAUUUUAUUACGGACGAAAAGCACCGAGGGCGGUCAACUUUGGAGCAAUAGGAAUGGUACUGGGUCACGAGCUGUCACACGGGUUUGAUGCAUUAGGAAGGUAUUUCAAUGAAAAUGGAGAGAUGACGGAUGAUUGGUGGAGUGCAGAGACUUCACAAAAGUUCUUAGAAAAAUCAAAGUGUAUAGUGAAUCAAUACAACAAUUACUCUGUGGACGGGGAAAAUGGUCCAAUACACAUCAAUGGAGAGCUAUCUCUAAGUGAAAAUAUUGCCGACAAUGGAGGAAUCAGACUGGCUUACUGGGGAUACAAGGACUGGGUCAAGAAAAAUGGUGCUGAGCUUCAGUUGCCCGGCCUCAUUAUGACAAAUGACCAGCUUUUGUUCGUUAGCUUCGCUCAGAUGUGGUGCAGUGCAUUUACUCCAGCAGCGGCCUAUGUUAUGGCAUCAACAGACACUCAUGCUCUGGCCAAUUACAGGGUUAUUGGUUCGCUUUCAAAUAUGAAAGAGUUCUCUGAUGUCUUCAAGUGCCCCUCUGGUAGCAGGAUGAAUCCUGAGAAAAAAUGUAAAAUAUGGUAAAACACUGAAAGGGAUCUUUUCAAACUUAUAUCUUAACUCGUUUGAAAUGUCCAAAGACGUAUCAAAUAUGGAUUGCGUUUCUUUCGCAGAGGAGAGAAUUGUCAAGGACUAAACACUUUGAAACAGUUUUUUAAACAUGUUAAGUCUCUCCCAUUUUUUCCGGUAUUUUAUUCGACAUUUUAAUCUUGCCAGUGUUGUAGAAAAAUAUAUCAGUGGUAAAUAAGAACAUAUACUCUAUGUUAAGUUUUUUUACCAUUGUGAUGUGAACAUUUUGGUAUACUUUCUCGUUUGCUUCGCCAUGCUGUAGUUUAGAGAAUUAGCUGUUAGGUCGAUUUUACGUCCUUUAGCUCACAAUUUUCUCAAUACCUGUCAUUUAUACACGAUCGACAAGGACAAAAUUUGCAGAAAUAUAAUUAUGUCUCAAAUGACAUUUUCGGUUAUAAUCGUCUCUUUGUAUUUCUACAUUCAAGUAGCGAAGCUACGGGCUCAUAUCCGCAGAGCUAUGAGUAAUUUGCAAGUAGUAGCUCUGAUUCAUCGCUAGUAAACAUACUUAAUGAAAUAUAGGCUAGUUCAAGUAGUAAAUACGUACUCAAUAAUUAGAAGUACUAAGUAUUAUAUAAGUUUUACUUUAAAGCGGACCUAUCAAAGCUUUUUUCGUAUAGCUUUUUUUUGACAUUUCUGCGAAAUUAUCGUUCGCCGGCGAACGAUUUGUAGAGGGAUUAAAGAACGAGAUCAUAAUUUUUUGAUGUAUGGAAGAGUGAAUGGUACCAAUACAGCAGGCUACAGUAUUGCUACAGCAUGUGGCUUGUAACCUGCUGCGCUCUAUAAAACUGAAUAUAAAUAUUAUCAUUUUCA